AUGUUCAGGCAGGUUCAUUCCAAGUGGAACCAUUUGCACUCAGCUCUGAGUAGACCAUUUCUGGUCACUGUUCUGGGUGUCAAGAAAAAAGAAACACAUGCAUCCAGAGCUAAGUCACACCCAGCUAAAGGUCUGGGAUGGUGGUGUUCCCCCCUCCCCACCAUGGUUUCAGAGACCCUUGGACAGAGCACAAUUUGCAACUUACCAGGACAGCAGCAUGCAGAGUACAUCAAGCUUCCUGGGGCUUCCUUGUCAAGGUACUACAUUGAGUCCUACUACAUAGGACCACUGAAAUGUGUUGUCUCAGGGUUCCAGAGGCCAGAAGUCUGGGAUCAAGGUGCCAACAAGGCCAUGCUGCCUCUGAAGACCCCAGGAAGUGUCUGUUCUAGGCUUCUCUCCAGCUUCUGGUAG